AUGGAAGAGAAGAAAAAGAAAGGAUCCUGGGAGCCACAGAGCUUACGAACUGCUAUUGAUAAGGUUAUGUCAAAAGAACUGAGUGUAAGACAAGCUGCAAUGCAAUACAAUAUUCCUAAAAGCACUAUUCAUGAUAAAAUAAAGGCCCUAAAUCGAGGAGAAGAAGUAACAAUGAAACCAAAGUUAGGUAAGUUCACUAGCACCUUCUCAGCAGAGUAUGAACAAGUCUUGGUGGACCACAUAAAAGAUUUAUCGAAUAGAUGCAUGCCGCUCAUGAAAAAGGAGUUUCUAAAAUUAGCAUACGACUUAGCUGAAGUCAUGAAGAUUCCUCAUCGAUUUAAUAAAGAAAAAGGCAGUGCUGAUAUGACCAAUAUACCACUAGAACAAACAGAAACUUCAUCGAACCCACUAAACAACGAACAAGCUGUCGUGAUAUCAAACUCAAUCAUAGAAGAGCAAAUAAAAGAAUCCGAACAAUCUAUUAGUGAGCCUAUAACCACAAGUCCCAAACCGUCGACAAGUUCUGCUCCCGAUCUUGUUCAGAUAAUCCAUAACUUAUCACCGUUGCCUGACGCAGCAAAAAAACGAACAGCAGCUCGAAAAAGAAAGAGUGAACGAAGUGAAAUUUUAACUUCAUCGCCAUACAAAAAAGUGGUAGAAGAAAAAGAAAAUGAAAAGAACAUGAAAGAUAAAAAGAAGGAAAUAAAAUCUAAGUUUGAAGUAGCAAUGAGAGGUAAAGGAAAGCAAACCAAAGGAAUUAAAACCAAAGGAAAGAGCGUAGACAAGGGAAAAGAAGCGACAAACGUGAAACCUAAAGGAAAGAAAGGAAGUGAAGUAGAACCAUUAACUGAAACAUCUAACACAAACAUAACAAUUUGCGUAGUUUGCUUAGAAGACACUGACGAAGACUGGAUCCAGUGCUCAUCCUGUCGUGGAUGGAUACAUGAAGCAUGUGCAGACAUUCCAGAGUGUGGAGAUGACUAUAUAUGUGAUCGAUGCAGAUACUGCAAAUCUCCCGGUCAUAACCUGGAACAAUGCCGCAAACGUAUAUUUAAUAACCAACGAUUCAGAAAUCCCCAUCAAACCCAAAAUAUAAAAAUUCCCAUUCAAACUAUGCCCAAUAUGAAUUUUAUAACUGAAGAAAUUAAUGACGAAAUACCUAAUGAAGAUCUUAAUGAUGAAAAAGGUUACGAUACUGUUGAUAUUUUACCCAAAAAACGAGUAAGAGUCUCGUCCCUGUGCCGAACGGGACUGCACAAGCCAAAAAUCGGCACCCCAAAAUCUAAACCUAUUCCGCUACAUGGCAAUCAGAAUACUAUCUCGCCGGCAUCGUUACAUCAUUCGCCAGUAUCCACUGUACCCGUGCAGCAACAGCAAAAUGUUGAUCUGCCAAAAUCCUCUCCUGGACAACCAGAAAUUCCGCCGCUUCCAGCAGCGAUGAUCCCUGCGGGUGGUAUUCCCAAUGAAAAUCUACUUGGACAUGGACCCCCCGAAAUUUUACAUCCAGAAGCUCGACAGAGGAUAGAAGGUUUCGAGUUCCCUGAGGGUGAUUCAGGUGCCGCUCGACUCAGAGUAUGUCCUGAGUUAAUGGCACGUAUUAAUACCGUCCUCUUUGAAAUGAAAAAUCGGUAUAAGAUGCGCGGCAUAGGAGGUCAUCCCCUGGUCAGCGAAAUUAUAUCAUUCCGAAGAAUAUUCCCAGAUAUAUACAGUACGUGCGUGUUCCAGAGCAAGUUCCUGAUGGCGUACGUCUAA